AUGUUAAAAUUCAUCACUGUCUUCAAUCCAUCAUUCAGCAAAAAUGAGGAGGAUGCUGAAAGACAGCUUUUACUGUUCCACUCGUUCCAGUCCUUCCAGGAAGGCCAUGCCUUCUCCUUGAACGACAAAAUUGCGCAAUUGGGUGUAAUUCAGGCAAUGUGGCAAUUUUCAAAAACGUUCAACGAGUCCCAGGGCAUAAGCCAAAGUGUCGUAGAACUCGAAGACACGGUUCUGUGCACGAUUCUGGUUGAAAAUAGCUUUUUCUUAACAUUGUGCUUUGCACCAAAUGAAUUGCUGGACAUACCGGCCAGCUAUAUUCUGGCCAAUUUGCGUCAUUGCUACGAUUUUUCGACGCUCCAUUUUGGACUAUGGGGCACUUUCGAAAACCAUACGCAGCUGACGGACCGUCUCAACGAGUUUCUGGUGCCGUUUUGGGCGGAAUUGAACCUCAUGCCAUACCAUCUGUGGCACAAGGGCUUUUUGAGUAGCUGGCCCGAAUGCUACAAAGUGGCAGAAAUCAAAGACGAUAUAAAGGAUGGAGAUACAUCGUCCACUUCAUGGGAGGCAGAUCUAAAGCAGCAAAUUUUGGUAGAUGAUUCUACCUUUUUGGGACUGCAAGAUAUACUCGUCUACCAUUUACCCAAAACCACUUCAGGUAAGAGCAACAAGGAAUAUGGACUUGUGCACAACUUUGCGCCAGAUUUUGACUGGCUGCCACAGAUUUCGAACUGGAUAGAGCAUCUUGACACCGUCUACACUGUCCUAUCGAGUCACGUGCUAGCUGGUAACGUCAAGUUCAAAGAGGCUGUUGACGAAGAGUCCAUGGAGGAACCGAACAUCAACAACCAGGAAGUAACGACAAGCCAGUCUUUAUUGGCCCAGAGUCGAAAGAUUUUCAACAACUUUACAUACCCUUUGACUUUCGCUCACGACGCGGUUCAAGAAGUCGGAAAUAUGACGGGUAUUUCCAGCAGCAUGUCGCUACUCAGCGAUUUUAUGCCCAAAGUUCCCAGUUGGAAGAUGUGGCCGGGGCCUGAAGACAGCAAAACGAAAGCAGCAAGAAGCGAUUUCUUGGUCUCUCCAUUGUCUGCUUCUUUUCUCCCCGAGAGCUACAAAGUGAAGAAAAUGCAUUUAUCGUACGGCGGAGUUGUACAGAGGUUCAAUUGCCUCUUCUGGUUCUACAAUGAGACUCUUGUUGUGCUUAUUUAUAAAGAGAACUUCGACAAGAUAUGGGACCACGAAUACCUGCAUGACAUACAUUUCAAGCUAUCCCAAUCAAUUGCCAAAUUGUACUCGUCCAAUUUGAACGAAACUGCUAAAAACGGACCAGACAGUUUCUGCUACGCCGUAGUAACGAAAAAAACUCGCCGGCUGAGAUCUUCGUUUCCGCUCAACAAAAUUUUGAAAGACCCAGAAAGCACCUCCGCACUGGAACUUGUCGUGAAUGGACUGGAUGAAUUUUUGGCACUUGGUCCCAAUCGGAAAACCUCGGUGGCCACGCUGAACCCGUCUCAAAACCAGGCCAAUUUUGAUGAAGAUGCUGGAAAGCAGUCUUGGGGGCUCAGUUUGAUGGGCGGUAUUUUCAAAAAGAGUCAAGCUGACAGCAGUCUCGCAGCACAGCCUGCCACAUUUCUUGAUGGGGUUCCCGAGGAGAAACUACGUCUCUUACAUCUAGACAUCAACAAAUUUGUCAACACCCUGAGUACUUCUAGAAGAGCUUCUGAUCUCAAAGAAGAGAAGUUAAUAAAGCUCAACAAUGGCGUGCUCUGCUUUUUAAGCGAAAACAGUGAAGAAAUCGUUGUCUUGGUUGAAAACUGGUUUGAUAAAAAACUCUCAAAGACAAAGCACCUGUCAAAGGGCAACAGCGCGCUGGUGCAACAUAUGGGGUCUGAAGCUUUCCACUGGUGGCGGAAUAAUACGCGGGCGUAA